ACGAAAAUUAAUGUAUGCAGUCACGUGAUCGCAAGGUCUUCUAACACCAAGAGAAAAACCACUGUAUUCUCUUUCAAGAGGCCAAACGGGGCUUAAGCCAGAAAUAAAAUACACAUUAAAUAUGCCUUCUGUAAAUUUUGCAAUUUUCUUUAUAGUUUUAUCUGCGAUUGACGUUGUAUUAUCGAAAGCUGAACUCAAAUUGGAAGACCUGCAAUGGGAAAAUAAGUCUAAAUAUAAGAAUCCUUUUUACGUAAAGAAGGGAGACAGUUUCACAAUUGGCUGUUCUCUGAGGACUCCGUUCGGCAGUAGUGUUACGGACUAUCUUCUCGAAUGGCUGGUUAACAACAGGGUGUUCCAAGCAGAUUACGAUUCUGAUUUUGAAGUUACACAGAAAAAAGUUAGUAAUAAUCUGAUAAGCGAAUUUUCCCAGCGUGGCAUAUCUGAGUCGUACAACCUUAAAUGUCGUCCAAGAGGAUAUUCUAAUUUGGAAAUAUCGAAACAAAUAGAUGCUAUAUCAAUGAAAAUUGAGUACAACGUUGAUGAUCCAUUAAGACACAAUGAAAAAAAUUUAGACUUUAACUGUACUUUUAAUGGAAUUACUGAUGAUGAUAUUGAAGAAAUUUUAUGGUAUGUGAAUGGGAAAAAAAUAGAAGAAAAAGAUGGCAGAAUUUACAAAAUAUCGAAACAUGAAACGUAUUCUCAAUUUAUUAUAAAACAUCCAAAAAUAUCUGAGGAUGCUGGAAAUGUUACUUGCCAAAUUCAAACAAAAACUGGCAAUACAUUAAGUGAUAUAGUAACUGUAUCAUCCGAACCUCACGUUGAAUUUGAAGAGGAAAGAUCAAAAAAUUUGGUUCAAGGAGAUCCUUUAACUCUUAAAUGUAAGGUUUCGGGCUCGCCUGCUCCAACAAGAAUCUAUUGGAAAAGUCCCAAAGAACAAAUACUAAAUAGUGACGUUGACAGCAGAGUUUCCCUCAAAGACUCUAAUGCUACUCUAAAGAUCAAAGACAUCGAUUUCGAGGACAAAGGAACUUAUACUUGUUUCGCAUCAAAUAGUCACGGUGAAUAUAAUGCUACGAUAACAGUAAGAGUUAAGGAUAAAUUAGCUGCUCUUUGGCCCUUUUUGGGAAUAUGUGCUGAAGUUUUUAUCCUAUGUUCUAUAAUAUUAAUUUAUGAAAGAUCAAGAAAGAAGAAAGAUACUGAAAAUACUGUUGAUGACGAGGCUGGUGAUAAAUUGACAAAUUCAAAUGAUAAUCAAGUUAGGCAAAGAAGAUCCUAA